CAGAGCCAUGACCUUGGAAAAUGGAUCUAGUGGUCAGAGUCCUUGAGCAGCCUUCGACUAAUCUCUCAUUUUUUUGAUUUACCUCAUACUCAUACUUGUGCUCUCCAGAUUCCAACAUUUUGUUGCUGUUACCUCUUUGUCCUUGUGUGUUUAGGUUGUUACUGGAUUUUAACAGGAGAGUAGUCAAAAUUAGAUGCUUGAAUUCAAACCGCGACCUCAGCUCAGACCUGAUUAUCUGUAAGGAAAAAUUUUUGGUAUUCCAGCUUUCUUUUGAUUAGCAAAAUAAAAACGAAAAGUCUUUUGGUUACUCUUAAAGUCUUUUGGUUACUCCAACCAUGUUACUCAGUAGGCCAUUCCAAAGACACCCAUUUCUCUAUUUUGGGGAUCCCCUUGUACCUUCAGACUCCAUAAGGAGUAUCCGACCAGCCAUGACAAAACUAGAUGCAGACUGUUGGGAGGACUAUAAACAGUAGGGGUGAUACCCAUUUGAGUCCACGAACGGCUCUCUCGGCGCUGCAGGAACUGGCUGUCCCCGGAUACCCUCCAGCAGCCACUUAACUUCACCCACCCGCAGCGACCCAGACGCUCGAAGCCCAACCUUUGCCCGCCCUGGAGCCCCUCCCCACCCCGGAGCCCCGCCCCUUCCUUCCCCUCUUCACCCCUCCCUUCCCCGACGCGCAGCAGGCCCCGCCCACCCAGGCGCUAGGAUCACGCUGUGUGGCCUUUUCCACCCGCUGCCAUGUCCAGGCCGCAGCUCCGACGCUGGCGCCUCUUAGCUAGCCAGCCCCGCGGCGUUCUGGGUCCAGUGCUGCCGGUGCUGCUGGCGCUGCCGCUCGCGGCCGGGACCCACUGUCCAUGCCCGGAGCCAGAGCUCUGCCGUCCGAUCCGCCACCGUCCAGACUUCGAGGUCUUUGUGUUUGAUGUUGGACAGAAAACUUGGAAAUCUUAUGAUUGGUCACAGAUUACAACUGUGGCAGCAUUUGGAAAAUACGACUCAGAACUUAUGUGCUACGCUCAUUCGAAAGGAGCCAGAGUGGUACUUAAAGGAGAUGUAUCCUUAAAGGAUAUAAUUGAUCCUGGUUUCAGAGCAUCCUGGAUAGCUCAAAAACUUAAUUUGGCCAAAAUACAACAUAUGGAUGGAAUUAAUCUAGAUAUAGAGCAAGAAGUUAAUUGUUCAUCACCUGAAUAUGAUGCAUUAACUGCUUUAGUCAAAGAAACUACAGACUCUUUCCAUCGUGAAAUUGAGGGAUCACAGGUAACUUUUGAUGUUGCUUGGUCUCCAAAGAACAUAGACAGAAGAUGCUAUAAUUAUACUGGAAUUGCAGAUGCUUGUGACUUCCUCUUCGUGAUGUCUUAUGAUGAACAAAGUCAGAUCUGGUCAGAAUGUAUUGCAGCAGCCAAUGCUCCCUAUAAUCAGACAUUGACUGGCUAUAAUGACUACAUCAAGAUGGGCAUUAAUCCUAAGAAACUUGUAAUGGGUGUUCCCUGGUAUGGUUACGAUUAUACUUGCCUGAAUCUGUCUGAGGAUCAUGUUUGUACCAUUGCAAAAGUCCCUUUCCGGGGAGCUCCUUGUAGUGAUGCUGCAGGACGGCAGGUGCCCUACAAAAUGAUCAUGAAGCAAAUAAAUAGUUCUAUUUCUGGAAACCAAUGGGAUCAAAAUCAGCAGGCUCCUUAUUAUAACUAUAAAGAUCCUGCUGGCCACUUUCAUCAAGUGUGGUAUGAUAACCCUCAGAGCAUUUCUUUAAAGGCAACAUAUAUACAAAAUUAUGGCUUACGGGGCAUUGGCAUGUGGAAUGCAAAUUGUCUUGACUACUCUGGAGAUGCUGUAGCCAAACAGCAAGCUGAAGAAAUGUGGGAAGUCUUAAAGCCAAAGCUGUUUCAGAGAUGAACAUCUUUUGUCAAACUAUUAAGAUUUUAAAAAAUGAUCAGUAUAAAAAGAUCCAGUUUCUUGCAUUUUUUGUUAUGUUGCUAUAUACUUUAGUUAUUGGCAUACUAAGAAAAGAAUAAAUGUUUUGACUGUUUGAAUUUGAAAAUACAUAUUAAUGUCUUCAGUAUCCAGGAACAUAAAAGCAAGAAACAAGUCAGCUUACCUAUUAAAUAUUCCUUAGAUGUUUCAAACUAUAAUUAGGAAAAAUUGCUCUCACAAUUUUAUUAUGCUGUAUUUCCCUUCAUUAUAGUAAAAUAUAUGCUUACAAAUCAAUGCCGAUUUUUAAAAUAUGUAUAAUUUGAAGUGGAAAUUGUUUUCUUAGAGUUUUUAAAAACCAUCUUUGAAAAGCAUUUUGUGCUAUACUUUUCCCCCAAACCUCCAAUAAACCUUAAAUUUAAAACCUACAAUUUAGUGUCUCCUCUUUAGGUUCAUCAAACUGAUGAAAAUAAUUUUUCUGCUUCCUGACUCCAUAUAGUAUUAUGUUGUGUGAAGUACUUGAACUAAACCUCUGGACAAUGAGAAUUUAAAAAGAAUCCAGAAGAUUAAUGUAUUCACAAAAUACAAGAAUGUAACAGUAAUAUUUUGAAUGAAUAAGUUAGAACUACCUAAUAUUUUCCAACUACAUUAUUUUUGUGAGGUUCAUCUGUAAAAUUUUUAAUAAUAACUUGGAGUUGAACUUGAUUCUAUUCACUCUCACCUAUACUUCUAAUAUUCAUAUUCCUUCAUUUAUGGACAUAUAUAUUCUUGGCUAAUUUACAUGGUUAAAUUUUUCUUUUUCUACAUCUGUAAUGUGUCCUUUUUUUUGUAGAGUCAGGGUCCAGCUAUGCUGCCCAGAUGGGUCUCCAACUCCUGGGCUCAAGCACUCUUCCUGCCUUGGCUUCCCAAAGUGCUGGGAUUAUAGGCAAGAGUGGUACUGUACUUUUAAUGAUCUAAGGACACUAGUUAGCUUCUUAACUAGUUCUUUCUAAAAGAUCAAUUUUAUACAAAUAACUUUUCUAAAUGUAAUAAAGUCUCUGUUUUCUUUCUCAAGGGAAUUAAGAACAACACUUUUGCUAAUUACAGACUAAAGAUCUGUAUCUUUGAACUCUAGAUUUACAUAAAUCCUGGCUUCCCUGCACAUGUUCCCCCUAUAAAUUGGAAUAAAUGUUGAUUGAACCAGCUGUUAUGAAAAUAUUACAUUUUCUAUUUACACAAUUGUUUAUGAGAGUAAAAUCAACCAUUUUCAUAGUAUAUGUUAGAUCACUGUUGUCUUCAUAUAUCUAAAAUAAAUGAAUUAAAAAAUUUAAACUAUUAGAUGCUAAUCUCUGUCAUAGCUCAGAAUGCAAGUUCAAUACCCCCUAUUCUUAAUAUUUCCAGAUUUCUUUUAAUUAAGAUAUAAUGACCAAAUUAAAUUAAGUCUUUAUUUUCAUGCAAAUAUAUUGGUAUUAAUACACAUUUAUUCUUUGCAAAAAAUUUUGUGGUCAUAUUAGCUCUUAAAUUUUAAGAUUUAAAAUGAAAAUUAUAAAAUAUAGUACUGUAAAAUAAUAUGUAAAAGACUUGGAAUGUCUAACUAACCAGUCAUCAUUUUGCUUUAUAUUGCAUCUAAUAUUUCCUGAAACAUUUUAUGAUACCUACAUGCAAAAUGCAGAAAAAGAAUUCUUAUGCUUUAUAUAAAACAUUGCCAAGGAGAAUAAUGGUUAAACAAAUCUGUUCAAAUUAAUAUUUAAAUUUUUGAUAAAUAAAAGUUUUAAAUUAACAUACCUUAUUGAGACUGUAGAGAUGUAUUAAUUUUUUUCUGUGCCAGUUCAGUUUUCAAUGUUCGUAAAUCUGAAACUGCUUGUUUUCUCCUCUAUAAAAAGAAUUACUUUUCAAAAAGUGAACUUCAUCAUACCCUUCUAAAAGUACAUCAUAAUUGACAUGUAAAUAGGGUUUCUGUAACUGCUUUGUCUUCUCUCAUUUGCCUUCAAUGCUUUCAUUCCCAGUGGAUUACUACAGUAUAUGUGUAGAUUAUGAAUGCUGUUUAAUAAACAUGAUUAUCUACUGGCUAGAUAUGCUAUAAAAUAACCUUGUUUAUGAGUAUAUAGGGACAAUACAAUUGAACUGUUCUAAAAACUAGAGUGAGAAAGAAAUUUAUGUUUUGCUUAAGCUUCAAAACCUGUUGUUGUCAAUGUGUAAAGAAAAUAGUAAAAACAACAAAAUAUUAAAAAAUACCAUAAUUUCUAGCCCUUAGGAACUAAAUAUUUAGGAAAUACAGUAUUUAUUCUGUGGCAAGAUCUGUUCUAAGUGUAUUAACCUCGGUUUUUUUCAAAAAUUUUGCAGAGUCAGAUACUUAUUAGUAUUUAUCCCCAUUUUACAGUUGAAAUGGAGACAUUUAGAGGCUAAGUAACUUGCUCAGGAUAUAAAACUAGUAAAUGAAGUGGGUACAGCCAGGAUUCAAAUUCAAACCACCUGGUACCAGAGCCUGUACUAUUCCAAGUGUUGUCUGUGAACCAGCAGUAUUAGCAUCAGUUGGGAGCUUGUUGGGUAUGAAGAAUCUCAGGCUGCACUCAGACCUACUGAGUCAGAACUUGCAUGAUGAUAUCACAUUAAACUUUGAGGAGCACUACUUAUGCUGUACUAUCUUGAAUAAAUAUGGUUGAAAGAGAUUUAGGCUAGGUUUUUUUGUCCCUUAGUUGUGAAUCUUGUAGGCAGUGCUGUUUUGGGGAGAUCAUUCAGAAGUCAAUAAAACUUCUUAUAUAAUGUCUGUUAUGUGUCGACCAGGCACUAUGGUUAAAUAUAGGAUGUUUUCCCCCAGCCUAUAGGCUGAAAACUUUGUUCUCUUUUUUUCUCCUAUUUCACUUGUCUUUACUGUUUUUGUACUAACAAUUCUAAUUUGGGUUCAAAUCAUGAGCGAAAUUUAUAAUGCUAAAAUUUAUACAAAGAUUAUAGGAUCCAAUGCACAUGCUUUCCAGAAGAAAACAGCAUAAGGGGAGUCAUAAUCCAAGCCUCUGGGGGCAUUUUUAUUACACCUUGCUACCUACCCAAUUAUUAAGUGUAGAAAUUUACAUAUUGGCUCUAUCUCCAUAUACUGAAUAACACAGUUUUCCUUCAUUGAACAAAUUAUUUUUUAAGUGCAUAUUUAACUGAUAUUUUGUUAAAAAUCAUUCUCUGUUCUUUUCCUUUUCAAGUUUUAAGCUUCUCAGUGCUGACCCAGGGCUUAUAUAGCCUCGAGAAUGCUGCUUGUAAAAAUAAUCUAGAACUGCACUGUCCAGUGUAGUAGAAGAAGCCAAUUGCCAUAUCUAACUAAACUUAAAUUAACUAAAAUUAAAUAAAAUUUAAAAUUCAGUUCCUCAGUCACACAAACUACAUUUCAAGUGCUCAGUUAUCAGUAAGUGACUAGUGGUUAUCAAUCUGACAGUACAGGCAUAGAACACUUUAUCAUCACAUGAAGUUCUAUUGGACAGUGCUAAUUCUAUUUUUUAUUUUUAAAUUUUAUUUAUUUUUAUUCUUAUCUGAAACCCAGGACAGUUCUAAUUUUCUUUUUAAAAAAUUUUAAAAAGAGCUAAUUCUAGAAGAGAGCCACUAUUCUGUAUCAUAAAGCUAUUUCUGAUAAAGAAAUGAGCUCAUUCCUAUGAUUAUUGUUUUUAUUUUCCUGGCUUGUAUGGAUACUUGUGUGAAAAUGUAUAAUCUUCUUCUGUUUUCUGUUCAACAAAAAAGCUUUUUAAGACAUCCGUACUUCAGACAUAAUUCCUAUGAUGUAGUUAGUUGUACACAAUUCUCACGAAAUAAAGUAUGCCCAGAAGUCUCUACUAAGCAUCUGGUGUACAAAAGGUCCCAUGAAAGAAACAAAGUUUAGGAAGGCAUAGUCUCUGCCUGGAAGGAAACUUAACAUCUAGUAGGAGACACAUUAUUGAUAUUUAAAUAAUAUGAAUUUAGAAAAAUCAUUAGGAAAAAUGUAAUCUGAUUAGGAAAAAUGUAAUUACCUUAACUUCUAUUAUGAGUUUCAUUUUGUCGGUAUCCAGUUUUCUCUUAAGCUGGUCAAUUGCAUGCUGUACCUCAGUGAUCUGGAUUAUAAGGUAAUUCUGUGUGGAUAGACAUUUAUUUAGUAUAACAUAUAAACAUUUUUUUUGUAACUGCCUUGUGAACAUAAACUAUGAAAUGAUAAAUAUCAAAAGAGCAAAUCAUGAAAAUAACCUAUUCCUUAAAAUAAACUAAAUUGCUUUGGAAAAAUUA